AUGAAGAAGCUCUCCAAGGUACGCCUGCGCGCUUGUGGCAUGCUUGUUUUGCUGAAGCGGACUGUAUUAUGUGCCUUCGUUAACUACCUUGUCUUUCCCCUGUACGACAUGGAUAACCUACGCCUCUGCAGCGUGCCCAGGCAAUAUCAGCAGUUAAAUGUUCCUGAAGACCAAGCAGACAAGUUGCUCCUUGCAAGCUGGGGUCUUCCCAAAGCAGUUCUGGAGAAAUACCACAGUCUGGGAGUAGUACAGAUGUUUGAAUGGCAAGCAGAAUGCCUAAUGCUUGGACAAGUUCUGGAAGGAAAGAACCUAGUUUACUCAGCUCCUACCAUUGCUGGAAAGACUCUUGUUGCAGAAUUGCUUAUUUUGAAGCGAGUCCUUGAGACUCGUAAGAAAGCUCUUCUCAUCCUGCCCUUUGUCUCUGUGGCCAAGGAGAAAAAAUGUUAUUUGCAGGCCCUGUUUCAGGAGGUGGAUGUGAGAGUUGAAGGCUACAUGGGAAGCAUGUCUCCUGCUGGACGUUUCUCUGCCUUGGAUGUUGCUGUCUGCACCAUUGAGAAAGCCAAUGGUCUAGUCAAUAGACUAAUAGAAGAAAACAAAAUGGACUCACUGGGAGUGGUGGUUGUGGAUGAAUUGCACAUGCUGGGAGACUCUCAUCGAGGAUAUCUGCUGGAACUCCUUCUGACCAAAGUUAGAUAUGUUACAGAGAAGGUGGCAAAACGACAAGCAAAGAUGACCAGUCCUGGUUUUGGUGCGAUACAGAUAGUAGGCAUGAGUGCUACCCUACCUAAUUUGGGACUCCUAGCCUCAUGGUUAGAUGCAGAGCUAUACUGUACGGAUUUUCGCCCUGUGCCCCUCAAGGAGUGGGUGAAAAUUGGCAGCAACAUUUAUGACUCUGCCAUGAAUUUAGUGCGAGAAUUCCAGCCCAAACUUCAACUGAAGGGAGAUGAAGACCAUGUUGUGAGCCUGUGUUAUGAGACUGUUUGUGGUGGCCAUUCAGUCCUGCUUUUCUGUCCAUCCAAGAAUUGGUGUGAGAAGCUGGCAGACAUCAUUGCCAGGGAAUUCUACAGUUUGCAACAGGCUGAGAGUUCUGCAAAAAACUCAGCCCUUGCCCCAGUUGUUGUGGACAGAGAAGGGAUUGAUGAGGUGCUGGAUCAGCUAAAGCGUUCUAUCUCGGGCCUGGACUCUGUGCUCCAGCGCACUUUGCCGUGGGGAGUGGCAUUUCAUCAUGCAGGUCUUACUUUUGAUGAACGGGACAUCAUUGAAGGAGCCUUUCGCCAGGGCUUGAUUAGAGUUCUAGCAGCAACCUCCACGCUCUCAUCUGGAGUGAAUUUGCCUGCACGCCGAGUAAUUAUACGAACUCCCAUGUUUGGUGGCAAACUGCUGGACAUUCUCACUUACAAGCAGAUGGCUGGAAGGGCUGGCAGGAAAGGAGUAGACACAGAGGGGGAGAGCAUUUUAGUUUGCAAGCCCUCAGAAAGAUCAAAAGGCACUGCUCUACUUCAGGGAUCUCUCAAGCCUGUUUGCAGUUGUUUGCUUAGAAGAGAAGGGGAAGGCGUUGCUUCUAGCAUGAAAAGAGCAAUACUUGAGAUCAUAGCUGGGGGAGUGGCCAGCACUCCAGAUGAUGUGCAGACCUACGCUUCUUGCACUCUUCUUGCAUCCAGCUUGAAGGAAAGCAAGUGGGGAAAUGAGAAAGCACAAGACAAAGUGCAGACUGGACCUAUUGAGGCUUGUGUGGCAUGGUUGCUGGAAAAUGAAUUCAUUCAGGUCCUGGAAUCUGACAGUGAUGUGAAAGCAAAGGUUUAUCAUGCAACACAUCUUGGCUCAGCUACUCUUUCCUCUUCUCUUUCACCAACUGAAGCUAUGGAAAUCUUUGCUGACCUGCAACGAGCUAUGAAAAGCUUUGUUCUGGAGAAUGAUCUGCAUAUUGUCUAUUUGGUCACCCCAGUGUAUGAGGAGUGGACCACAAUUGAUUGGUACCAGUUUUUCUGCUUAUGGGAGAAGCUGCCUGCCUCAAUGAAACGUGUAGCUGAGCUGGUGGGGAUUGAAGAAGGCUUUCUUGCUCGCUCUGUAAAGGGCAAAAUCAUAGCUAAAACAGAGAAACAGCACAGACAAAUGGCCAUCCACAAAAGGUUUUUCACCAGUCUUGCCCUUCUGGAUUUAAUCAGUGAGGUUCCCUUAAAGGAUAUGACCAAGAAAUAUGGCUGUAGUCGUGGCCAGCUUCAAUCCUUGCAACAGUCUGCUGCCACCUAUGCAGGGAUGGUAACGGUUUUCUGUAAUCGACUGGGCUGGCACAACAUGGAGCUGUUGCUCUCUCAGUUCCAGAGCCGCCUCACUUUUGGGGUUCAUAGGGAGCUUUGUGACCUGGUACGAGUGUCUCUGCUGAAUGCUCAGCGUGCUAGGAUGCUUUACAAUGCUGGCUUUGUCACAGUGGCUGAUCUUGCUAAAGCCAGUCCUGAUGAUGUGGCAACUGCUCUGAAGAAUUCAGUACCAUUCAAAAGUGUUCGUAGGGCUGUGGAUGAAGAUGAAGAAUCAGCAGAGGAGCGUCGAACUGUGCGCAGCAUCUGGAUGGCUGGAAUGAAAGGCUUAACUGAAGGAGAAGCAGCUUCCCUCAUUGUGGAGGAAGCCAGGGGACUUCUCCAGCAGGAUUUGGCACUGAUGGGAGUGCAAUGGAACCCAGAAUCUUUUCUCGAGACUGAUACAUCCUCUACGAUCAGCAGCGAGUCAGAACUGGAAGACAGACUACAAAGAUCAAGUGACGAGCAGUCUUCUGAGUCUUCGAGGUUGUUAAACAAAAAAGGCUGCAGAGUUCAACAUUGUAAAGGCCUUGGUUCUCAGACUGGAAAGUUAUCAAAUAUUAAAAAGGGAUAUAAAAGGCAACUAAGUGGUAGUACGGAGAACUCCAGAUUUGAGAGUGAAGUCUCAGGCAAUGAUGAUAUUGUGUACAGUGCUAGAAAACGGCCAAAUAUGUGCAGAGAUGAUCAAAACUUAGAAGGAAUUUCUCUGGUCAAAACCAAGAUGGAUUCCAGGAAAGCAAUUCCAGAACUCCCUAAUGAACAAGGGAAAACACCAAUAUUGAGAACAAAGACUUCAGCAUCUAGAUUGAUAAAAAAUGCGAGCUGGGCUCAGGCAAUGAUUGGUAGGCAGCAGAUGGCUUUAGACACAGAUCAUUGUAAUGUAACUGCUAGCUGCUCUGGGUGUGGAGAUGUCCAUUGUGGCAGCAGGAUACAGAAGCCUGUGCAUUUUUGUCUUGGUAAGGAUAAAUCCUGCCAUAUUCAGAUUCAGAAUGGUGGCAAAAAUGGGAGCGAAAAGCCCAAUGGAAUAUUGUUACGAGUUGGCGCGCUACAGAAAGCCAACAGUCAUCCUGAGGGUUUUCUGAAAGACUCUCUGGUAAAAUCCAGAGGUGUUUGCAAUGCAGAUGGUGUUCAGAGAGGUCCACCCUCUGAUCUGUUUUCUGACUCCAGAGACUUUGAAGAGAGCUUCCAGUUGGAUACUCAAACGGAGAUGAUAAUAAAACAGGAGGGAGCAUCUGGAAUCACAGGACAGCAGGGAAUACAAGGUUCAGAGCUGGCAGCAAUAGCACAGCAGGAAAUCUCCAAGAAGCUAAGCACUUCAUGCACUGAGAAUGCUACUGAUGAAAAGCUGGCUGCAACAGUCAGGAAACUGGGCUUAUCAAGUCUUAUCACAACAAAUAACAUUACAAAAAACACAGCUCAGCACUGCAGUAAUAAAGUUUUGGAGUCUGGAGGCCUUAAUUUACAGCCCGUGGCGAAGGAAAUAGAAUCUGCACCUUGCCUUAAAGAUAGCGAUUUCUCAGUGACUGACUCCCAGCUACACAGUUUUCUACAAGAUUACCACACCCAAAAUUCAGUGAAAGGGGAAAGCGUAUCUAAAGACCUCAAUAAAGCAACCUCCGCUUUUGGUAGGGACCACAUUGUACAAGUAGAAUGCCACCCUGUCCCUGAAACAAGCCUGAAUAUGAGUGAUAGCUUGCUAUUUGAUGAUAGCUUCAGUAAUGUCAGCGACUUUGCAGCUGUUCACAUCACGGAAGCUGACAGAAAGGACACUGUGGAGGAGCAAGAGGCUUUGCUUCCUCCAGAUGGUCUUUCACAGAACCUAAGGCCUGUUCAGAGUAAGUUUGAUGUCAAUGGCAAUCAGAAAGAGCAUGAGGAUCCUGCACAGUGUAACAACGUGUCUCUAGCAUUCUCUGAUCUAAUAGCUGAAGUUUUAGAUCAUGCAAACUCCCCGUCUUUUCUGGAAGAUCUUCCUUCUGCAUUUCAUGGUCAGCCAGGAUUAAGAAACCCAGCAAUUUGUAACAGUGACCCCAGACCAGAGGAUUUAGUAGGAGAUCAAGGUGAAAAGCUCAAGAAAAGCCAGCAAGCUUUAGACAAGAAAACCCAUCCAGUGGUGUGGACUGACCACUCAUUUGAACUAAGCCCGGGAUUGCAGGAUGCAUUAGACAAAUGGCCUAGUCCCUCAGGCAUUGAACCAGUUUCAGUAAGCUCCUGUUUGAAAGGCAAGUUAGUUGCUCCUAUUGUUAAUCAAGAGCCAAAUCCAGUUUUUGAAUCUGACUGUUGUCAGCCAGAGCCUUUACCCACUUGCCAGGAUUUAAAAAGCUCUUUCAAGGGAAGCAACAGAAAAUUCUGUCCUCCACGAGACAGUAAUAAUAUGUUUAUUCCUCCAACACCCCCCAAAGAACCUUUUCCAAAGACUUCUGUUUCUCUCUCUGUGAAAUCUUCAAGGAAGAGACAAGUCGCCUGCAUGAAUGAAAGACAGCUGAUUCAGCAACAGCAGAAUAGCGAGGGCAAUGCAGAACAGCAGGUAAAAACACUCCAGGUCAAUAUUGGGAGUGUAGACCCAAGUGAGACUGAUGAGAUAAAAGAUGAUUCCACUAUAGACCAAGGCUUUUCACUGCAGCUAUCUCAGGAUGUUUUUCCACUUGUUCCCUUAAGUGCUGAAAGUUUCACUAUUAUUGAUGUAGCAAGUGACAAAACGCUUUUCCAGACUUUUGUUGCAGAAUGGAAGGAGAAAAGCAGAUUCUCCAUCUCAGUGGCAUGCGAAAGAACAAAAUGUCUUUUGUCUCCCAAAUCAACGAUUGGUGGCAAAUUCAAAAAAGUAAGUUCUCCUCAGUGGAUGCAAGUUAAAGAUGAUGGAUUUCCUGUCCAAGGCUGUGAGGAUAUCUUGGUAGUUGGACUGGCAGUAUGUUGGGGUGGAAAAGAUGCCUACUAUAUCUCUUUGCAGCAGAUUCAAGACCAGACUGAAAUCAGUAUGAGUUUGGCACCGCCGCCUUUGGACAAAAACCUGUCUGUAACAGAGAGACUGUAUCACCUGCAGCUGUACCUGCAGAAGAAGCCCAAGCAGGAGCGCUCACUCAUCAUGUAUAACUUCAUUCAGCACUACAAGACUCUGGUGAUGGCUUGUGGCAUCUCCUUGGAAGGAAGUUUUGAGGACCCAAAGGUUGCAUGUUGGCUGCUCGAUUCUGGCUCUAAGGAACGUACGCUUCACAACAUGGUGACUAACUUUCUCCCCAGUGAGCUACCUCUACUGGAAGGGGUAGGCACCGGCCAAGGGGUGCAGAGUCUGGGGCUUAGCGCCAGCGGAGAUCAUUCUGGGCGAUACAGAGCAGCAAUAGAGUCUGUGCUUGUCUUCAACAUCAUGAACCAACUCCAUAAUGAGUUACAGAAGGAAAAUCUGACAGAUGUAUUUUCUAAAGUGGAGAUGCCCACCCAUUAUUGCUUGGCUCUGCUGGAGCUGAAUGGUAUUGGUUUUAGCACAGCAGCAUAUGAAACCCAGAAACAGGUCAUGCAAGCUAAACUGAGCGAGAUUGAGACCAAGGCAUAUCAGCUGGCAGGCCACAGCUUCUCCUUGACCAGCCCUGAUGACAUUGCAGAGGUUUUGUUCCUGGAGCUGAAGUUGCCUCAAAAUGGAGAUGCGAAAGUUCAAGAGAACAAGAAAACUCUGGGUUACACCAGAAGAGCAACUGCUAAAGGAAACAGGGUUAGGCUGAGCAAGCAGUUCAGUACAACCAAGGAUAUUUUGGAGAAAUUAAAGAUACUUCACCCAUUGCCGGGGCUCAUACUGGAAUGGAGGAGGAUCAACAAUGCCAUUACUAAAGUGGUGUUUCCACUACAGAGGGAAAAACGAUUGAAUUCUGCACUGGGAAUGGAAAGGAUAUAUCCAGUGUCACAGACUCACACAGCUACAGGUCGAAUAACUUUCACGGAGCCAAAUAUCCAGAAUGUGCCAAGAGAUUUUGAGAUUGAAAUGCCAACUGUGGUUGAAGAAAGCCCAUCCUCCCGAGCCCAUGGAAAUGUUAAUUCUCGUGCUGUUUCUGGGGGCAGAAAGCAUUCCAGUAUUUUGCCUAAUGGCCCAAAAUUUCAGGCUGAAGACGGAUCUGAAGCAAGAGGAAUACCGUUUUCUGUUAGCAUGAGGCAUGCUUUUGUUCCUUUCCCAGGUGGUUUAAUCUUGGCUGCUGAUUAUUCUCAGCUUGAACUGAGGAUUCUUGCUCAUUUGUCUUGCGACUGUCGACUCAUUCAAGCCUUGAACACAGGUACUGAUGUCUUUAAGAGUAUUGCAGCAGAAUGGAAAAUGAUUGAUCCUGAAGCUGUUGGAGAUAGGACCAGGCAACAAGCUAAACAGAUUUGCUAUGGAAUCAUCUAUGGAAUAGGAGCAAAAUCUCUAGGCGAGCAGAUGGGGAUUGAUGAAAAUGAAGCUGCCAAUUACAUUGAAUCCUUCAAGUCAAGAUACACAGGGAUUCAGAAAUUCUUGAAGGAGACAGUGAGGAGCUGCAGAAGAGAUGGGUUUGUGCAGACCAUCCUGGGAAGACGGAGAUACCUACCAGCUAUCAAAGAUCCAAACCCCUACAGUAAAGCUCAUGCAGAGCGACAGGCUGUGAAUACAACUGUUCAGGGAUCUGCUGCAGACAUAGUCAAAACAGCCACUGUGAACAUUCAGAAGCGCCUGGAAGCUUUCUCCUCUGUGAUCAAGUCCUACGGACAUCUGGAGAGCUCCUUCCAGAGAGAUAAGACCGGAAGGCUAGCGAGGAAGAGCAACAGAGGGAUGUUACAUCCCAUCAGCGGAGGUUUCUUUAUCCUCCAACUCCAUGAUGAGCUCCUCUAUGAAGUUGCAGAGGACGAUGUUAUCCAGGUUGCUCAGAUUGUCAAGCACGAGAUGGAAAACGCCAUCAAACUCUCGGUAAAACUGAAUGUUAAAGUGAAAAUUGGACCCAGCUGGGGAGCCCUGCAGGACCUGGAGCUCUGA